UCGAGUUUAUACCGUCUCUGCAUGAAGUGACAAAGACCUCUGGAUAAACCAUUAACAGGGAAUUAGCUCACGAACGCAGAGAGAGUUUUGAGUUUAUGAGAUAUCGAAUCGUUUUUAACAACUGUGUAUUAUUUGCAUUUCGAAAUUCAUAAUUAUUUCUAAAUUAUUGAGUGGAAACUUAGAUGAUGAUAAUAUUGUAGAGGAUUAAUAUUCGGUGAGAGUUAUGUGAUUGUGAAAUCGGUAAAACCGAUAAAUUCAGACAUAAAUAUUUACAAAAGUAAGCGAACAGGACUUGGAUAUUAGAGAGAAUUGUUGGAAAGCCAAUUAAACUUUAAACAUCUUGAAAUUGGAUCUGAUGAGUGUGACCACGUGACAUAGGAUAUUUUCUCAAGACUCUGGAGGAUAUUAAAAAAUGGCAAAAUACGCUGUGUUUUUGACCCUUUGUUUAGGGGCAGGUCUUCUACCCCAAUCUCUCGUAUCGGGGCAGGAGCCACCUUUCUCUUGCCCGGAUGCGUGUAUGUGUAAGGGGACCUCUGUGGACUGCAGUUUCAGAGGCUUGGUGGAGGUCCCGCGGGACAUUGACGAGAAGGCAUCUAGGCUAGAUCUUCAGGGGAAUAACAUUACCGUACUAAGACGUGGAGAUUUUGUUGGACUGCGUAAUGUGAAGAUAUUACAACUGUUGGACAAUCAGAUUCACGCAAUGGAAAAAGGAGCAUUUCAGGAUAUGGUCAAGCUGGAGAGAUUACGCUUAAACAGGAAUAGAUUGACUGUAAUUCCGGAUUUAACUUUCGCAACGACAAGUAAUCUUCACAGACUAGAUCUGAGUUUCAACAAUUUAAAAGUAAUCGGCAGAAAAACGCUGAAGGGAGCACCACUCUUGAAAAAUUUACAAUUGGACCAUAAUGAUUUAACGUGUAUAACAGAGGCAGCAAUCAAGGGAUUAAAAGACAUGGAAAUUUUAACAAUUAACAACAAUAGACUCACAACAUUACCUAGAGAUAUAUUUUCCGAAAUGCACAAACUCAGAGUAACGAGAAUACGAGAAAACCAGCUUGUGUGUGAUUGUCAUCUGUCAUGGCUAGCGAAAUGGUUACGGCAGCAUCCAACAUUGGCUCUCUUCACAACAUGCUCAGCCCCACAUCAUCACAGAGGCGUCGAGAUUGCAGAGUUACAGGAAUCAGAUUUCACUUGCAAUGGAGUGGAGAGCCCCCACCCUCAGGAAUGUGUCUCGGAGACGGUGUGUCCAACAGAGUGUAUCUGCACAGAAGGUAUCGUCGACUGCAGGGACAAGGGAUUGACUGAGAUACCGGAAAAUAUCCCAGAAAUUGCGACAGAAUUGCGUCUUGAACAGAAUCAGAUAACGAUGAUCCCAUCCAAGGGCUUCCUGCCAUACAAGAGAUUGAGAAGAAUUGACCUGAGUAACAACCAGAUCUCCUAUUUGGCUCCAGAUGCAUUUGCUGGUCUUCGCUCACUGAACUCUUUAGUUUUGUAUGGUAACAAGAUUGGUGACCUUCCACCGACGAUAUUCACUGGUCUGUCUGCGCUGCAACUACUGUUACUGAAUGCCAACAAGAUAUCCUGUGUUCGUGUUGAUGCCUUUGGAGAUCUUCAUAAUCUCAACCUGCUAUCAUUAUAUGACAACAACAUUGUCUCAAUCGCCAAUGGAACGUUUGACCCACUCAGGAACAUACAGACACUUCAUCUUGCUCGAAAUCCCUUCAUCUGCGACUGCAACCUUCGCUGGCUCUCUGAAUACCUCCACAGCCAUCCGAUCGAGACAAGUGGUGCCCGCUGUGAGGAACCCAAACGAAUGCAACGGAAAAAGAUCGGACAAAUCCGCCAUGGCAAAUUCAAAUGUAAAGGUAGUGAGAUGACCAAGACCAAGAAUGCUGGUUCCUGUAACAUGGAGAAUGACUGUCCUAAGAUGUGCAACUGCAGGGGAACACUUGUGGACUGUUCAGGCAAGCGUCUGAUUCGAGUGCCGGCUGACAUCCCCUCAUACGCCACUGAACUGUCAUUAGCUGAUAAUGAAAUAACCAAGAUUGAAAAUAAUGGUGUUUUCACAAGGCUGAAAAACCUUGUAAAAUUAAAUAUGAAGAACAACAAGAUUGACACAAUCGAAGAGGGAGCUUUCUUGGGGGCAGAUAAUCUACAAGAAGUCACCCUGACUGAGAAUCGCCUUUCAACUCUUAACAGUGCCAUGUUCAAGGGCCUUACGAGGAUCAGGACUUUAAUGUUGAGAAGCAACAAGAUUUCCUGCAUCAACAAUGAUACUCUAACUGAUCUGAAAGAACUCAGACUUCUGUCUCUUUAUGACAACCAGAUCCGUUGUAUCAUGAAAGGUUCCUUCGAGAGACUCAAGCAUCUGACCACCAUGAAUCUCCUCUCUAAUCCUUUGAAUUGUAACUGUCAUCUCGGAUGGCUGGCUGACUGGCUGAAGGGCAAGAAGAUCGUCACGGGCAACCCCAGGUGUACGGCCCCACAAUUCCUCAAGGACAUCCCCAUUCAGGAUUUGAAGAUGCAGGACUUCACUUGUGAUAUGCCGACCAAUGAGCUAGGCUGUCACCCUGGCCCUGCACCUUGCUGUACGAAGGACGCUGUCACAAAUGUUGAGAACACCUGCGAUCGUCGAGCAUACUGUCCUCCUAAAUGCAAGUGUUCUGGUACGGCCGUCCGAUGCAGCAGGCAGAAGUUUACAGAGAUACCCAAGGAUAUUCCACUUGAUACAACUGAACUCUACCUCGAUGUGAAUGAUAUUACUGAGAUUCCCGCAGAAACAUUCUCAAGACUUACCAAGUUACAGAGCAUUGAUUUGAGCAGCAACAAAAUCCAGUCGUUAACAGCCAGGGUCUUUUCUAACCAGACAACAAUGCAUACUCUCAUUCUGAGCUACAACAAACUCCAGUGUCUUGAUAAGACGAGUUUUGAAGGUCUCAAACAAUUGCGUGUUUUGUCUCUUCAUGGUAAUGAACUUUCUACCAUCCCAUAUGGUUCCUUUAAAGACUUAGUGGCUCUAACUCAUAUUGCCCUUGGCGGUAACCCACUCUACUGCGACUGUAACCUGAAAUGGCUGUCUGACUGGGUGAAGAAGGACUACAAGGAACCUGGAAUCGCCUCAUGUGCCGGCCCAGCCAACAUGUUGGAGAAACUCAUGCUUACGACAGAAUCCAAAUACUUCCAGUGCAAUGAUCCACCAGAAGACUACGUCCUUGCCAAGUGUAACAUCUGCUACACGGAUCCUUGCAAGAAUGGUGCAUCCUGUACCCUGACCGGCUUUAAGAAGUACACGUGUGAAUGCACCCCGGGUUAUCACGGCCAUGACUGCGAGAACGAGAUCGAUGCCUGCUAUGGUAACCCAUGUGAGAAUGGCGGUACUUGUGAGGUGGUCAAUGAUUACGGACGAUUCGGCUGCAACUGUCCCAACGGCUUUGAAGGUGAUCGCUGUGAGACGAACAUCAAUGACUGUUUUGGUCACAAGUGUGAAAACAACGCCACCUGCGUCGACCUUGUGAACAAUUACGCCUGCUCAUGCCCGCAAGGGUUUAGCGGUAUAUAUUGUAGUGACCAGAUUAACUUCUGUACAGACUUCAACCCCUGUAAGUUGGGUGCUGAAUGUAUCGAUCUCGGCAAUGACUACAAAUGUAUCUGCUCAUCCGGUUACAACGGCAAAAACUGCACGGAAGACAUCGACGACUGCCAGGAACACAGCUGCCAAAAUGGUGCAACGUGUGUCGACGGCGUUAGCAGCUACUCGUGCGUCUGCCCCGACGCAUUCGCUGGAAAAUAUUGUGAGAUUGCUCCGGUGGCACCAGUGGUGUAUGCAGUGGGAGAUGGGCCAGCUCCAUGUCAAAACCACGACUGUCAAAAUGGAGGCGUCUGCUACCAACCAAAGGGAUCAAAAGAAUAUGCCUGCAAGUGUUCACCUGGUUUUGAUGGGAAGAAGUGCGAGAAGCUAACCAGCAUCAGCUUCAGACAGAAGAACGCAUACGCACAGCUCGGCGCCCUGAUGGUGAAACCUGGAACUAAUCUCACGUUCGUCCUGGCCACAAAACAGGGAACUGGAAUCUUACUUUACCACGGCAAGGAGAAACAUAUCGCUAUUGAACUUUUCCGAGGCAGAAUCCGAAUCAGUUACGACGUUGGAAAUUACCCCGUCUCAACAAUGUUUAGCUAUGAAACGGUUGAUGACGGUGAAUUCCAUACUGUUGAGAUAUCGCUUAUAAAGACCAAUGUUACUUUAAUGAUUGAUGGUGGGAGGUCGCGUACAAUUAUCAAUGAGGGGAAGAAUGAGUAUUUGGAAUUGGACGACGAGCCGACUUAUAUUGGUGGGCUGCCAAAUGUCGUAAAAGCACGGGCGCUGAAGAAAUGGCAUAUCAGAGAUGGAGAUAGUUUAAAGGGUUGUUUGAAGAAAGUGUAUAUCGGCGGCCGCCUGGUCGAUUUUGUGAAUGCGAAACUCCAGCAUAAGAUGACCCCAGGAUGUCCUGUGUUCGAUAAUCCCGACCCCUGCAAAGCUCACAGGUGCAAGUACGGCAAAUGUCGGGACAACGGCAAGAGCUACACAUGUUCAUGUAGAAGGGGCUAUUCUGGACAAUUCUGUGAAAUUGAGCCGAAUUGCAAAGCAAUGGAAUACAAAGAAAUCUAUAUCGACCCAAAGACUGGCUGCAAAUCUCGUUCGAAGAUCCGUCAUCGUCGUUGCCACGGGACGUGUGGCAACUCCUGUUGUAAGGCAAAAAAGAUCAAAACGAGGCGAGUGCGUGUUUUCUGUGACAAUGGAACUAACUAUAUCCGGCAGAUGCCCGUUAUUCGAAAAUGCGGCUGCAAAGGAUGCGAAUGAGCAAUUUAAUUUCUGAUGCGUUGAAUUUGCAUCUUGGACUUCGUCGGUGUGUACAUAAAUAAUGGUCAGUGUAGAUAAACAUGUACUUUGUGACAAAUUCAUUCUCUGUGAGCAGACGACAGAUAUAUUUCUAGGCAGAUGGCGAAUAUAUUUGAAUUUAGUUCAGCUCGGAUCAUUGUUAAUUUAUGUAGAAAGUGUUUGGCAAACUCAGUGGGAGGUUUUUGAACAAUGUGGCAAUAUAUAGUGUACUUGUCGAGACGCGAUGUUUGGUCUGACAUCAGCGCUAUGGAAGACUUCAAUAAAAUACUGCAGAAAUGGGGUUAGACGAGAGUCACUGCAGUUCAUGUUAACCUCUUGAAGUGGAUUCGAGAAGAGCAAAACGUUUUAGAAAUGGAUUCUUGAAUGUUGGUCUCGAAAAAGCUCAGUAUUGUAAGAUCAAGCGCACAAACAAUUGCUGGAAUCAGAAGUAGCUUAAUGCUGAUGAGUGGACACGGAGGAAAGGGGGAAGGAAUUGUAAGGCAGCGCAACAUGGCUUCCUGUUUGGAAAUGUAUGUAAUCCUCUUAUUUAGGAUGCAUACUUUUGCCAGUGGGACUAGGAGUGGCCACAUUUGAAUAAGGGAAAGUUGUUGUUAAUAGGGACUAAGCUUGUGUUGGUCGGCCUUGGCCAGAAUCAAAGAAGGUAGUUGAUGACAAGCGGUUUUGUAACGUAACAACUUGUGCUAUAGUGUGUAUGUAAGACUUUACAAUGUUCUCUGUAUAAAUUGGAGAUAUAGAAUCGAUUCUAUGGACAAUUCAGACAUUAGGUUUGUUAUGGUUUCUGGAAAUUAUUGGGAGGUGUUCCGGACCAGAUACAGAAAAGAGGGGAAGGUUUCCCUUGUAGAUAUUAUAAUGAUUAUAUUUAUGUGGUAUGAUCUGAAGGUCUUGAAAACAGACCAUGUUUUAGUUUCAAUUUAAUGCAGCACACACACUGGACAUUAACUCAAUUGUAAAGCGCAAAAAAGAACACAGCCCCUUUGGAAUUGAACCUAUAAAUUGUGCGAAAUGUGUACUCAAUUUUAAUGAAAUGUCAGUUUGAUAUCGAAUGCUUGUAUCUUUUCAAUUUUACAGAAAAGUUAUUGUGACCUCUCAGAAUAAGUAGGUCUUUAGAGGAUGGGUUUGUUUAUUGUGGCCGACCUGCCCAGGAGACCACCCCAAAUGACCAUUAGACUUCACCAAGCUAAGAUCAAUAAAAAACAAAAUUGAAAGAAACCUAGCCAGUAGUUUGAGCUCUAGAGCCCCAAAUAAUGUGAACAAGACAUUUAUGAAUGGACCAUAGAUUGACCGAAUAAGCCUUCCCAAUUGAAAAGAAAUGCUUUUUCCUCUUUCAUCUUUUUCAUGGAUGUAGACAUUCUGCAACUAAAGUGCCUUGCAAACAAGUUAUUUUGUCACUGCAAUCUGCAACAAUUAUCACUGCGAUGAUGACGACAAGCAUGAUAUUCUUGUUGCAUCUGAUCAUGACUGCAGGUCACAGCAUGGGAAAGCACAUGUUUGCAUCGCGGUUUGAUAACAAAACACAUACUAAUUUCAGAUCAGUGCCAACUAUUGUUUUAUUUUAUAAAGAUGGAGUAAUACUCAGUAAAUGACAAAAGUCAUUUUCAAAGCAUAUAUUUUAGAAUAUGAUAUACCAUAUUAUACAUAUUAGUUUGUGUAUUUUAGAUGGUUGUUCAUCACAUGGGACAGUGGAACUAUUAACCUGGAUAUUGUACAUGUAUAUCAUGUGAAGUGACUAUAUAUUUUCAAUAGGAAAUAACCGGUAGCUACUUAUAAAUCUUCAUUCUUAGUCUGGUGAUUCAAAUUGAUAUACUGGUAACAGGCCAACAGACUCACCGGAAUCCUUUGUAAGCUGGUGGAAUUGAGGGGUGAAAGGCUUGGAAGGCACUCCUAAAUACUUUGGGGUUCGUUCGUUGCGUAGGUGUCCAUCACAGUCUGCUCAUGUUUCUAACUUGGACAGCUUCUGCCCUGGCAGAAAUGCGAGGACAUAUGGCAGUCAAGCUGAAGUGACUUGUCCCAAAGGUCACAAGCAAUGUGUCCAUCUGCAAUAUUGAACCCAAUAUGUUCAUAUUACAAGUCUGAUAAACUACUUGACUAUGCCACCCCAACCAAAGAAUUCAGGAAACUGAUUGACAUAGGGGUAUUCAAAUAUAUUUCAGUUUGUUUUCUUGGGGCGACUAUAUUUUUGAGGUGUUUAAAUAAAGAGGUGUAUAGACUUGUUCUCAGUGUAUUUACAAUAUCUGGCUAUACGAUCAGGGAAUAUACAUUUAUUGAAAUAUUUAUCAUGUGUAUGUUGGUACAUUUAUUAUGAAACUUUACAUGGUGGAUGCCAAGAGGUUUAGUGACCACUGACCACAUAUACCUGGCAUCGAACAUGUAGGGUGAAUGAAUUUCAUCAACAGUUUAUAAAAGGCAGUAUACAAUGGGCCUACAACCCCAUACAUCCUUAUGAGGUAUAGGAGGUAAUGCCUGUUACAAACUGCUGAUUUCAUUAAUAUACUCCAGUAUGUUAGUGUUAGCAAUCCACUGUGUUUUAUUUAAGAAUGGAAAGUUUGGUUAGGGAUUGUAUUAUCAUGUGCAGAUCACAAUUUUUCCUCUCGCCCUCAAGUUCAUGGGUUGGUUUUCAGAUUGACACGUUAACCCUUGACUGCCUAUGUUUGUAUACCUGGAAUUAUAGCCUAUUCAGAAUCUCCUUCUCAACAUAAACAAGUUUACCAAUAUGUGACACUUCACACUAAAGAAGGGAAUCAAAAUGUAGCUUAUGACCUAUGCUAUUUGAACAUGUGGAUAACUCCAUAUGCCCCUCAGUGUGAUGGAUCACAAAUAAGCGAUUUAAAUGUUGCGACUCGCAAUCGUGAUCAUGCUCAUUUGCAGGUGUCAUCGUAGGUGCCUGCAACAUGAAUCAGUGAUCCCAGUGACCCGCAAUCUGUAUCAAACUCAACAAUCACCAGUUUUACCCACAGACCAGAGGCCUAGUUGUUGGACAUAGAAGUGAUUAUAAUUACAAGAGGCGGUGACAGAAGUCGAUCAUUUCCACAGGGCUCAAAGACACUAACAGUCUUGCCUUUAAGGGUUAAGUGUCAAUCACUAGUUCAUUAUCUCAUUGUGCCAGAUAAGCAAGUGUAUGUACAUUAUGUUUCAUGUGUAUCCCACCCCACACCUCAUGUUAAUGUGUAUGAAAAUAUUUGGUACGAAAAUAAAAUUUGGACAUAGUACGAUAA